AUGGCUAUUCAGCAUCCAGUAGCUAGAGAUGAUCAGUUCCAGGCUCAUGCUAUCGGUCACAGACUUCGCCGCGACGUAACGCCCGAGGAAUAUUAUCAAUGCGAAUCCGCUUAUCAAUAUGUACGGCAAAUGCAACGAAACGAAAAGCUUUGCGCUGACGAUGCCUUUUACGACAUAUGUUCGAGCUGUGUAGGAUGCAUCAAAGAUAAUGUCAACUCGGGAAGCCCAAGAGAGUAUGUUGAACCAAACUUGGGCCGAUACGUCGACUAUUGUGCGCAAUUCACUGCCCUCACUAAAUGGGCCUCCGUGGGAGCUACGUCGGCCACUUCGGCCACUCUUCAUAGCACGAAAACCUCUUCGGCUGAGAAAACAGAUGGCACACUUAUGGAUGAAGCGAGCAUUACUGGUAGAACUGUGGAGCAGCUGGAGACAUUGGUAGCUGGUACCACUAACACUAGUCCCCUGACGACAACGGAAGUCGCCCAACCUGAAGAUUCAGCCAGUUCGUCAAAUAUUCCCAAGAAUAGCUCAAGUUCCAGUAAAGCAUGGAUCGCUGGUGCUGUUGUUCCCUCUGUGCUUUUCGUUACUACGGCUACCCCCAAAAGUCCUCAUGUAGAUGACGUGGCGGGGACAUCACGUUUUGAUAAACCGGAGCUUGAUUCUCAGGGUAUUCCGCGACCAAGAAGCAAAGAAGAGGCUACAACAAGCACCCGUACCACUGUACUUGACACUGUCGUCUUACCAGUACCCGCCGAGAUGCCUGAAAAUGGUUUGAACAGAGCAGAGCUUCAAGGUGAAGCGAAAGGCGGCACAGGAGAAAACCAUGGCUUCGGAGCUUACUACGAGCUUCCAGCCAAUGAAGCUACAGUAUAUGAAUUGCCUACGAAACUAUAACAAUCAUGAAAGGGAGUAUUACUAUUCGGUCUUUAAAAUAACUUUUUAAGGACAUCAAUCUAAAUGCAC